CGAUCCCGCGGGACCGCGUAUCCGCGUCGCCGAUCGUUCCGCUCUCCGCGUCCCCACGUUUCCCCGUCGGUGACGCGCGCCUUGCCGUUUCCGAGCGCGUGACACGGCCCCGGAAAAAACGGCCGCGCUUUCCCGCCAUUUUUCGCCGCCAUUUUGCCGGGUGUUACUGCGCGCGCGGACGCAUGCGCGCCGCGGUUUUUGCGCGUCGCGGAAAAUAGUCCGCGGAUACUUGACGCGACGCGAGCACCCCUCCCCCCUCGCGGGGAAAGGGGAGGGAAAUGGAGAGUUGGCGCUCCACGUCCCCAUUUAAAAAAAUCAAUACUUAAUAAUUAGCAAUUAAUACGCGCGCCGAGCGUACACGUGUGCGUGCAUGUGUGCCGAUGUGUGUGUGCGCGCCUGUCGUUUACCGUAACCCUCCCCGCGCCGUUCCCCUCGACAGCCCUUAAUUACGCCGCGUUCGUAUAAUGACGCGAUCAUUAUUUCGUUAAUUAUUCGUAUCGACGUUUAUUACCUUCCUUUUUUAUCGCAGCCAGAAGACUGCGCUCGCUAGUUCGAAAUAUUCGACGUACGGAUAGGGGGAGAUUUUCGUGAUGCGAGUGCAGCCAUUUUGAAAAACGUAAUUAAAUACUGCGAUAAUAAUGAUGUAUUCAUAUCGUGAUUCGCAUUGUUAUCAUAAUGAUUUAAUAAUGAUAAUAAAGUCUUCAAUCGGAUGACAAUGCGUCUUAAAUAUAUCCCAUCAAUUUCUCGACUCGAAAUCAUGAUACAAUAUUAUCAUAAAAUAUAACUAAACUGAAUAAAUUGUUAAUUAAACGAGUGGAAUUAUAUUCGUAAUUAUCGAUGCAAUUGCGUUCUAAAAAGAUGAACAUUCCAUCAGUUUUUCAUAGCGUAUCUUACUUAAGCUUACAUUCAUAAAAAGAAAUGAAAAAUUAAUGUACCCGUCGUUAUCACAUUUAUUAUUUAUUAUUGUUUUGUCUUUCUGAUAAUUAUUAAUUAUAUUGUACAUGUUGCUGUUACUGUUGCACGAAUAAAGAAGGAGAGAAUUCUUCUUAAUAAAGAACAGUCAUUUUCUCAAAAUUAUUUUAUCAUUUCCGACGAUUCCGAUAUAAAAAGAGCACCAAAAACAAAAUAUGAACGAGAGGAGGACAUAACCUAUACGAGUGCCUCUGGAGAGCACCGGGAAAUCAUGUUGAAAUGCUCGAAGGAAAUCUGAGGAAUCUACACCCUCCCCCACAGCUUUGUAACGUAACCCUUCGCCUCUCGUUAAUCGCCGGUGCAGGGAGAGCAAUGUCGAGUAGUAACGAGAGCCGUGGAUACGUAUCGCUGCUGUACAGCGUCGCCGACAAGCCGCUGGAGCUGUGGUCGAAGCGCGUUUCCCUGGGCGGCAGGGUCCGCAGAGUGAGGGACGACGCGCUACACGGGGACCGAGUAAUCGAGAUCACGGGACCGCAGGACAGCUCGGUGCCCACGAACAUAGCCGUCCCUGCCAGGAUGUUCGACGUGCUGAACAUCAGGCUGCCCGUUCUCGCGUUGGUGAUAAAGAACUUGAAUUUGCCAUUCAAGUUCGAAGUGCAGAUAAUGGACAAGAAACAGUGCCGAAGGAGAUUCUCCUUUAUGACGUACAAUCUUGAGAAGCUGCCGUGCAUCGGCGCGAGUGUGGCUCGCGUUCCGUUGAAGCUGGAGGAGCGUUGGAACUCGUUGGAGAUGGAUCUUCAAGCCCUCUGCCGCGAGGCGUACGGAGCCGAUUAUGAAGCUCUGCAGAGGCUGAUCAUUUAUCCGAAUUGUCAUCUGAGAAGAGUGUACCUGCAGGAUCGUCAUUACACUCGGGAUGAAAUCCCCGUCGACACGUAUCAAGCGUUCCUUGACGCGUACAUGUCGAAACGGGGAAUGAAUUCCGUCGACAGAGCCUGUCAGACGGAGGAACGUUGCAGAGGACUUCUACAACAGUCUAAAUUGAAUCGUUCUGUAAGAAGUAACAUAAUAGAUACAUUGCCAACAGAAGCACAUUUAUCUAAGAACGUAUAUAGCAUGGGAAGGCUGGACAAUUUACAUUCACCCAAUACUACUGCAAAUUUAAACAAUUUUAGCGCGUUAAAAAGAAAUUACAUGUCGUUGGAUAUUUUAAACAGUGCGAUAAAAACGCAUAAGCAAACUGUUACGGAUAAACAAAGCCUUACAGAGUCUUCAAUAAAUGAUCCGAUUGCAGAAAAUAAAGUAAGAGAUAAGAAUAACAAUUUAAAGGAAGAAAUUCGAAACACGACAGAAACGUACAAAGCAGAAGAUCCCCCCAAAAACUCAUCAAAUAUAAAAAGUAAUAAUAUAUUGCAACCCGCUGCUUCCGUUGAACUCGAGAGAAUCGCGAAAAGCCAGUUCUUAAAACUGCACGUCGGUGAAACGUUAUUUGGAGAUAACAAAUCUCCAACUGAUUCGCACUCGCAUAGAAUUCAGAACGCGGGAGAUGUACACAUUUUUAAUUCAAGAAAUUGUAUAACCCGUGACAGCGGUAACAAGCGUGUACAAGCAGAAGAUAAUACUCAUCGCGUGGAUGCAAAAUGCAGAGAAUUCGCUCCCAAUAUUCCAUUUGCUCCUGAAUUUAAUCUAGCUAAAGAUACAUCAAAAUUUGAUAAAAUGAGCAACGAUUUAAUUAACAUGCAAAGCCAUGAACUGUACACUAUUUUUGAAGAUAAAUGCGUGAAAGAAAAUGAAACAAAUAUAACGAUUAGCUUAUAAAUUGCCUGAAAGAAGACGAUGCACACGCUCAUGUACAUGUAGGGGGAAAAUAUAUGAAAAAAUGAAAGUAUAUGCAUAAUUUUAUCUUUAAGAGAGAGCGUAUAAUGAUAAAUAAAUACAGUGCUUAAUUGUAAUCGUAAACACGUUAUCUGUAUUUUAAUAUAAAAAAUUAAUU